AUUUACAAAAGUAUUUGUCCUAAUUCCUCUAUAAAAGAGGAAGCUAUAAACGCAUACAUUCAAUACAACAUAGGAUCAAAUCAAAUUGAUUCAAAGGGCCAGACAACAAUAUGUCAAGUUGUUGCAAUUUGAAGAACGCUGUGAUAGCAUUUUUGGUUCCACUUCCCUCCAUCUUCUUCUACCUCUCAUUUCUCAACCACUACGACUCACCGAAUUCUUCCUCAUCUUGGUCAAGUUUAUGGUCAUGGUGCUAUCACCACCCUCUUGUAUUAGCCAACACUCUCUUCUUCCUCAACGUCAAUGUUCUCUUCUGGGUCAUAGGCCUAAUCCAGUCCAGCCACUGGAUGAUUGACCCCUAUUGGACUGUGAUACCUGUGAUGCUUGUUCACUACUAUGCCACUCACCCUUUGGCUAAUUAUGAUUUGUGGAGGUCGAGGAUCGUGGUUUUAUUGACUUGGGUGUGGAGUGUGAGGCUCACUCAUAACUAUUUCAGGAGAGAAGGGUGGCAAUGGGGUGCCAGAGAAGACUGGCGUUUCACUGAGAUGAGUGAACAGUACGGAAAGCAAUGGUGGUGGAUUUCAUUCUUUGCAGUCUAUGUCUCCCAACAGAUGUUUUUGAUUGCAUUGUCCCUUCCCUUGUAUGCGGUCCAUACUGUCAAUCAGCCAUUGAGCAUGUGGGACUUGGUAGCUACAGCUGUCUGUUUAUGUGGCAUUGUGAUAGCAUACUUUUCUGAUACACAGCUCUAUGAGUUUGUGAAUAGAAACAACAAGCUGAAGGAGCUCAGUAAACCUGUGGCUCCUGUUCUUGACAGUGGCUUGUGGUAUUACUGCCGGCAUCCAAAUUACUUUGGUGAGCAGCUGUGGUGGUGGGGGCUGGCUGUGUUUGCAUGGAAUCUGGGACUUGGGUGGACCUUUAUUGGAGCUUUGGUUAAUACUAUGUGUUUGGCUUAUGUGACUAAGCUUGUGGAGGACCGAAUGUUGAAAAAAGAAAGUAGAGCAAAAGCGUUUAGACUAUAUCAAAAGACAACUUCUGUGUGGAUACCUUGGUUCAAGUCCCCUCCUUCAGGAGUUAAAAAUAAGAAUGUUUGAUCUUUUCUUGGUGCAGUGGUAAUGGUUGCUUUUGUAAAACUAUCAUUUUUGUAUCUUAUAAAUGUUGCUUGGUUCUUAUUUAUUUAAUGAAAUCAGAAAUGGUACGUGUUCUAUAUAUGUAUUUUGCUGUAAUGUUGUAUAAAAUCGUAAUGCAUCCGCUACAUUUGGAGUUGUA